AUGGCUCGAAAGAAAGCACAUCUUUCAAAGAUGACAGAUGAAGAGGAAGAGGUCCAAGAAGAAGACGAGGAAACAGAACAACAAUCACCGAUGGAGAAUCAGGACGAAAUGAUGCAAGACGAUGAAGAAGAUCAUGAUGAUCAAUCAUCAUCAGAGAGUCAAGACUCCGAGGCCACUCACCAAAACACUCGACCUAAAAAGAAGAAGAAAAAACAUCACUCACAUGUGGUGAUUCGGGAUUUUAAAGGUGAUUUGGAAAAGGCAGGAGCUCUUGGUAAAAUUUCGGAAAUGGGUGUCUCUUUGGUCUUGUUAUUUGCAGCGAAGGAUGCAACUGUUCAUUUGGCACUCACUUGCAAAUGGAUGUACUCGGUGUAUUUGGGACUGAGAUCGUACAGUUUGGAUUUUAUUCGUUUGGAAUAUCUCAAUAGUAGGUGUACUCAGUACAAGUACCUCACCAGUUUGUUUACAGGUUCAUCGUCGGCCAACAAUUCUGAUCUGGACAGUGAACCGUCCACACGGAAGGAAAAGGUUCCAGGAAUUGAGAAUAUGAUCGCGUUUGAGCCUGUCGACAUCAUGAAGGAUGAUCCAACACUCAUAUUGCCAAACAAAUUUUCCCAAAGAAGAAGUGUUCUAAUUAAUCUGUUCCAAGAUUUUACACAAGAAGACAUUAUGGAAGGAAACGUCAUUCGUAAAGAGAGUCCUUUCCAUAAGAUGAAUCUAUUGAGAUGGCAGAAUUUUGAGGUUGAAAAUAUUGACGAGUUUAAAAAUAAGGUUCAUGACAGUUGUAGUUCCAUGGUUCGAAUUUUGCUUGAUUGUUUGUGGAGACAUAAUGCUUCCAACAAGGAGCAAUUCAUUAUUGCUGGAGGAUUUGUAUUGAAAUGUUUGAGAAAAGGCAAUCAUGAAUAUGGAUGGGGUGACACUUCUGAUGUUGAUAUUUUCUGCAUUCAAAACGGUGAGAGUAAGGAAAAGUGUCACUUUUCAUUGAGGAAAAUAUUAUUUGAAUUUGAAAAGUUGGCAAAGGAAGACGGUCAUACCUAUGCCAUUGUGAAGAAUAAUGGCUGUUUGAACAUUCAUGGAAAGUCAACCUCGAAUAUUGCUCAAUUCAUUUUGAGACGUGUUGAUACUAUUGAGGAGUUGAUGACAUUCUUUGAUAUUGAUUGUUGCCGUUUUUGCUAUGACGGUACCCAUGUCUACACAGUGAGAGAAGGUAUUAACAGCGUCUCGACAACUUAUAACUUUGUGUCUUCUGAGCACAGAGAGAAGGGAAUGUAUACCAACCGAGCAUACAAGUAUGGCAAACGGGGCUACACGACUUGGUUCACCAAUGACCAUCCUCUUGAUCAUUUUCAUGACUGCUCCAAAAAGAUUGCUCGAAUUAAUGAAAAACUUAAUUCUGGUGAGAUUGAGGACGAAAGUGAAUGUCUGUAUGGUGACGGAGUUGACAAAGAGGAUUUAGAAGGACUUUAUUCUGUCUUUAACAACCUAAGCUUAUCAUAUAAGCUUGUCAUGACCAUCAGAAGAAUUGGUGUGAAAAAUUUUUUGGCAAUUGGUUGGGAAAAUUAUUACGGUGGAAUGUGGGAUAUUGAUUUUGAUAGUGUCUCACUAGACGAAAUUGAAGCCCCAGAAUCAACAGAAUUUGAUGAAUUUGUAAGAAGAGUAACAAGCGACGAUAUUCACUACUUUUGCGUGAGUGUCAGAGAAUUAUACAUGAAAGAUGCAAGCAUUUUCUUUACAGACUAUUAUUUUGAUUCACAUUUGAGAGGAAAAUACAAUUUUUGGAAGUGCUAUUGUUGUGGGUUUUACAGACAUUCGAGCGACGUUGAUUUCUCUAUGUGUGACACAUGUAAACUCUUUAACUCUAGCAUGAAAAAGUUGAAGAGAGAUUUAACUGGAAAGGUUGCGAUAGUGACUGGUGGUCGUAUCAAAAUCGGCUUCAUGGUCGCCAAGACUCUUUUGGAGAAUGGAGCCACUGUUAUUGUCACUACUCGGUUCGCACACAAUGCUCAUGAGAAAUUUUUAGAAUAUUCUGACUAUGAAGAAUGGAAAUCUAGAUUAUUUAUCUAUCCUUUGAAUCUUAAAGAUGGAGCAUCGAUCAUGUCAUUCUGUGCCUACAUUAGAAACAACUUUAAACGUAUUGAUUAUUUAAUUAACAAUGCGGCACAAACUGUUCGAAGACCUCUUAAAUAUUACUCCAAAUUGCUCAAAAAUGAAAAGAAGCAUUUAGAUGAAAAGUAUCUGGGAGAAAUUAAGGAGGGAAACAAUCGCAUGGAAGAUUCUGCUGCCACAGAUGGUAAUGAGGCCUCUAGACUUGUCUUGAGAAAUGACAAUUCGAAAGUUGUGGUGUACACGGACGAAAAAACAAUCAAGCAACAUUGUUUGGAUGUCACUGAAAAAUACAACCUCACUAACGAGGAUUUUGAUGCAAAUUUAGAUAACAUGUUUCCAGCAGGCGAAACUGACAAGUUUGGAGAGCAGAAAGAUAAUAGAACGCACCAUUCAUGGACCUACAAGUUACCUGAAGUAGACACGGUUGAAUUAUUAGAGACCCAAAUGAUCAAUAAUAUUGCUCCAACGAUUCUUGUGGCACAAUUAAUGGACAUGAUGCAGCCAACUAUUGACGACAGCUGUAAUUAUGAAAUUGAUGGUUUUUUGACAGGCAAACAUUUGGCAUAUAUUGUCAACGUAGUGUCUCACGAAGGUUUAUUUAAUGUGGAUGGAAAAACUGACUCUCAUGUCCACACGAACAUGUCCAAGGCUGCAUUGAAUAUGCUUACUCGCAGUGCUGCUUCGUAUUAUAGCAAGAAAGGAAUUUUGAUGAAUUCUGCAGAUACAGGUUGGGUUUCCUCUGCCAUUGAGACAUUUAUGGACCCUCCAUUGGAUGUCCAAGACGGCGCCUAUCGAAUUCUUCAUCCAAUUCUGACUGCCUCUCUGGAUUAUGGAAAGUUGUACAAGAAUUACCAUGAAAUUAAAUGGUAG